UAUCAGACUGCUUGGGGUUUUCCGUAAACUUUCACAAGAUUAGAAGCACUAUUUCCUUCAUAGUCAAAACAUUGCUGGGCCGGACUCCUCGCCUUCGGAUAGUCCACCAUUUUAUAUUUCUGUAAAGGAUUACAAAUUUAUAUUUUUAUAUAGGCCUAUUGGGUUUUUCUUUACAAAGGGACAAGCCAACUAUCCACUAUGAUGGAAACUGAGAUGCAUAAAAUGAAUCCUAGUCAACAGGACGUGGACCUAAUCGACAUCCUGUGGAGGCAGGACAUUGACCUGGGCGCAGGGCGAGAGGUGUUUGACUACUGCCACCGUCAGAAGGAGCAUGAGUUGCAGCGGCAGCGGGUGCAGGAGGAGGAGAAGAGGCAGCAGCUGCUGAGAGAGCAGGAGAAGGCCUUGCUGGCUCAGCUACAGCUGGAUGAGGAGACGGGGGAGUUCGUGCCCCGCCUUGCACCCAGCGGCCAGUCACCGCAGUCUGCCACCACCGCCGCACCCCCUCAAGUCACACAGAAUGUCAGCUUCACAGAAGACGGAGAUGCCAUGUCAUUUGAUGAAUGUAUGCAGCUGCUGGCAGAGACCUUCCCACUGGUAGAGGCUACGGCAACCGCUUCCGUCUGUCUGGAUGUCACCGUAGCUCCAGCCCCAAACAGCAACCAUGUCAUGGCAUGUGAGCUGCCAGCUUUGACCCAGCCACCCCUCCUCCCAGCCCCCCAGCCCCCACAGAGGACCUCCCCAGAUUUGGAGCAGGCCUGGAUGGAGCUUUUGUCCCUUCCUGAGCUGCAGCAAUGCCUGAAUAUGCAAAUGAAGGACACACUGGAUCAGACAGGAGGAUAUCUGCCCACUAACACCACCCCUGAGGUGCAGGAUCCAAACUACAGCUUCUACCCAUUGCCCAACCUGGCAGAGGUGGCAUCAAAUGCAGCAGAGGUCUGCCCACCUGAAUUCAUCAACGCCUUUGAGGAGAGCUUUCCCAACAUGGCUCCUCUUGACCACCUCAAUCAGAUGACCCUAAAGGCUCCAGACCUAAAUACUAACUUCAGUGCAGCAACUUUCUGUGAUGUAUUUUAUCAAGACAUUGUUAACACAAAAGUGACAAGUGUCACCCUGCCUUGUGGCCAAGGAAAUGGAGGUAACUCCUUGGCAGAGAUAUCACACAAGCCUACUUUUACACCAAUGGAAUUACAUGACCUUUCUCCUAGAGAAGCAUUUGACAGAGGAAACAAAACUGAGAUAAUGCCAGAAUUUCCAGAUUCGGACUCAGGUGUGUCUGUGGAGGCAAGUCCACAUGCUAGCUCCCCUGAGAAAUCGAUGUAUGGGGAUGGAUCCUUUGGUGGCUACAGCGAUUCAGACAUGGAGGAGAUGGACAGUAACCCUGAGAGUGCAGAGUCUGACUACUCCGAGAUGUUCUCACUGUCUUUCCAACCGGAUGGUUUCCAGACUUCUCCCCCUGUGUCAGCUCAGCAGCAGGACAAAAAGCCCAAACAUGGCAAGACCGAGCCAGAUGAGGAGACAGGCCACAACGAUCCCCCCUUCACCAAAGACAAGAAGAGGAGACGCUCCGAGAAGCGCCUCUCCAGAGACGAGCAGCGUGCCAAGGCCCUCCAGAUCCCCUUCACUGUGGACAUGAUCAUCAACCUGCCUGUGGACGACUUCAACGAGAUGAUGUCCAAGCACCAGCUCAACGAGGCCCAGCUGGCCCUGGUCAGAGACAUCCGCCGGCGGGGCAAGAAUAAGGUGGCUGCCCAGAACUGCCGCAAACGCAAGAUGGAGAACAUCGUGGAGCUGGAGUAUGACCUGGACUCACUGAAGGAGGAAAAGGAGCGACUGCAGAGAGAGAAGACCAAGAAUUACAGCAGCGUGCGACAGAUGAAGCAGGAGCUUAACACCCUGUACCUGGAGGUGUUCAGUCUAGUGAGGGAUGAGGAGGGGAAGCCCUACUCCCCGUCAGAGUACUCCCUCCAGCAGACCACCGAUGGCACAGUCUUCCUCGUCCCCCGCAUUAAAAAAAUGCUUUUCAAGAAAAAUGACAACUAGCACUUCUCUGCUUUACUACUUGGUACUGCAUUAGUAAUAAUACUAUGCAAAGAACAACGUUGUAGAUGCUUGGCUUUAAGCGUUAGUAAAAUAGCAGAACUAUUAUAUAGUCCUUGCCUACUCUCCUUGAAUGCCUUUAUAAUAUUUUUGACAUUUGAGUUUUUUUGUACUGGUCUCCACUUUCAUCUAAGGUUGUUUUACUGAUAUUGCUUGUAAAUACAUUUAUACAUGAUUUGCUAUUGAGAUAUGAAAAUGUGAAUGGUAUAUAUCAUGUUUUAGUAUGCAAAUGAUAUUGUUGCAAUCACUGUUACUUAAAAGUCUGUUUUAUAAACUUUACUCUUUGAUUUGCAGCUCUGUUUAUUUUGUAUUUUCUGACCCUUUUCUGCUUAAGGCCAAAGGGGGUGUGAUAUAUUGCAUGAGGCAACGCGGAGUGCCUGGACACAGCCGUGGUAUAUUGGCCAUAUAUCACAAACCCCCAAGGUGCCUUAUUGCUAUUAUAAACUGGUUACCAAUGUAAUUAGAGCAGUAAAAACAAAAUGUUUUGUCAUACCUGUGGUUUACCGUCUGAUAUAAUUUUCAGCGGCAGGUAGCCUAGUGGUUAGAGCGAUGGGCCAGUAACCGGAAGGUUGCAAGAUUGAAUCCCCGAGCUGACAAGGUAAAACUCUGCCGUUCUGCCCCUAAACUGUUCCUAGGCCGUCAUUGUAAAUAAGAAUUUCUUCUUAAUUGACUUGCCCAGUUAAAUAAAAGGUUAAAUCAAAUAAAAAUAUACCUCGGCUGUCAGCCAAUUCAGGGCUCGAAUGACCCAGUUUAUAAAAUGAAAUAAACAAUGACAUUUCGUCAGUUACUCUUAAGUUUUAUAUCAGCCUAAACACAAUCUAUAUUGAUUUAUAAAGCACUACAUGGCCUUGCACCCGAAUACAUGUCUGAUAUGCUUUUAAUGUUUGAUAUCUUCUGCCACUGGUCUUUUAGUCAUUCCAAAUGUCAGAACCAAAACUUUUGGUGAGGCUGCCUUCAGACACUACGGUCCUGGUCUUUGGAAUAGCCUGCCGGAUCUUAGGUCCUCAAACUGUUGAUUCUUAAGAUUUGUCUUAAGACAUACCAUUUUAUCCGUGCUAUUAACUAAAGUGCUUUUAUUUGUCUUACCAAUAUUAGGAACUUUUAUCCGCUUUUUCUGCAUUCAAUUUCCUAUCCACUGCUAUUUUACUCUUAAUGUCUAUCUUGAUUUUAUAUUUGCAUAGAAAUGUUUGAUCUUUCCACCUUUAAUUUUAUUUAAGCACUUUGAAAAGCAUUUGUAAGAAUUUUGCUAUAUAAAUAAAGUUGGAUUUGAUAGUAUGCAACAA